GACAGCAGUGAUGACAUUGAAGAUGUGUCUCUCUUUGAUGCAGAUGAUGAUGUAUCCAGGAGAUCCAAAAAGUCCAGAAUAAGGCAUCCAGUGGCAUCGUUUUUCCACUUAUUCUUCCGAGUCAGUGCGAUAGUCGUCUAUCUACUCUGUGAGCUCUUGACUAGCAGCUUUAUUGCCUGUAUGGUGACGAUUAUCCUCCUCUUGUCCUGUGACUUUUGGGCUGUGAAGAACGUCACGGGGCGACUGAUGGUUGGCCUUCGCUGGUGGAACCAGGUGGAUGAUGAUGGUAGAAGUCACUGGAUAUUUGAAGCCAGGAAGGCAUCGACACAAGGAAGGAAAACCUCUUCGGAAGCAGAGUCCCGAAUUUUUUGGUUGGGUCUAAUCACCUGCCCUAUGAUCUGGGUGAUAUUUGCUUUCAGCGCUCUCUUCUCUUUCAAAGUGAAAUGGCUGGCCGUGGUUGUGAUGGGAGUGGUGCUGCAGGGAGCCAACCUGUACGGUUACAUCAGGUGUAAAGUCGGCAGCAGAAAGAACUUGACGAGCAUGGCGACCAGCUAUCUUGGGAAGCAAUUCUUGCGGCAGACUGUGGCUAAAGAGGACCAAACAGCAUCCUGA